AUUGCGAAGUGCACCCCACGCAUUUUGCCAUGAGACAGUGGGUUGGCCAGUUUUGAUGACAUUUUGCGGAGAAAAAAAAUAAAGAAGACUGUUUUUUAUUUUUAUUUUGCGUGUGUCCACUAGACCUUGCUCUGAUGGGUGUGUGAAAUUUAUUAGUGACUAUUGCAGACGUUGGACGCACUGUUGUGUUCUUGUAAAUAUGGGCUAUUGGGCUCAAUCGAACGUAUGGUUGCUUCUGGUCAUUGGAUUACAGAUUGGAUUAUUGUCGCAGGCAAAGUCUGAGCCAGCAUGUGAUUCCAAAACAGAAUUUUCCUGCAGAGGAAACCCACCUGUGUGCAUAGCUUUAGCAAGGGUGCGAGACGGAUCACCGGACUGUCCAGACGGUUCAGACGAAGAGUGCAAUACGCAAGAAGAAUUUCCAUGUCAAACGAUACACCAGUGCAUACCCAAGGAGAGGUAUCACGAUGGAUGGCCUGACUGCGAUGACGGAUCUGACGAAGAAUGUAGCCGAGGCCAGCACCGGUGUCGGUGUGGCUUGCCGCAUUGUAUCGACAGCCAUAAGAUUAAGGAUGGAGUCAGGGACUGCGAAGACGGGUCUGACGAAGAAGAUCUUCAAAAUUCGACGGCGCGAUGCCCAGAUGAAAGUCGUCUUCAAGAUUUAAUGGCUGUUGAGAAGAGGAGAAGGAAAAGACAAAUCCAUCAGUUUGGAACAGAGAGGAGAAAGGUCGAAAAAAUGGAUGACCUUGAAAAUGUUCGCCAUCAUGAACCACUGUACUUGCAUUCUUCUAUGGCACGAAAAGUUCCUAACAACUUUCAGUAUAGUUACACCAAGUUCCUUAGUGAUAGACAAAGUUCGUUAGAAAAAAAUUACUUCAGCGAAGGUUUUCCAGAAUUUAAAAAUACAUAUGAAAGAACUGAAUUCUCAGAGACUCAGAAGAUUUCACCAACUCAGACACAAAGGAAGUAUAAAAUAGGCACGGAAACUGAACAGUACGGAUCAUUGAAUUCUGGAAAAAUAUAUCAAACAGCAGUAAGUGAACCAGUGUCUGUCAUCCCAACAGCGGAUUACACAAUAAUAAAAUUUGACCAUGAGCUCCCAAGUAAAAACGUCUUAUUGAAAAAACCUGAAGAUCCGCCAAAAAAAUCUUACAUUACAAAACAACCAAAGAGAAUCGGCGAUUUGAUGCAAAAAAUUGCUGCUCUGUUUACAAAUAAUUCAGGCAUAAAAAAUCAGGCCCAAGAUCAAACGAAGAGCUUUAACAGUCAAAAACCCAAUGAGAGGGCUAAUGACGACAGAUAUAGCAAAAGAAAACUUUUGUCAUUUUUAGAUAAAGAUGAUUUAUUUCAAGUUUCCGAUGAAAAACUAAUUAGGAAGAAACGUUUUGAGGACGAUGCUCCGGAAGAAGGAGUCAGUCACCUACCUUUAAUCCUAACACCGACUAUACCUUACAUGCCACAAAGUUGUAUACACACAACGGGAGUUAUUACAUCAACAACUGGUACUGAUAUUAUCAAUGGUCGGACAACCGAAUGGACCACAAUUGUUGAGGGUACAUAUAUUGAUGGAACUUAUGCUCAUGUAGUACAAAGUACUUCUCGCAUAUUUUAUACUGUGAGCAAAGAGGAUAAAUCUACAAGAUCUGAAACACCUAUUUCAAUAGAAUCUUCAGAAAUUAUUGAUAUGAAUUCUCGUAUUCAAAAAGCUGCAAAAGAGAUUAUACUUGAAACAUCGUCGAUUUUUAAAAAUGAACCACUGGACAAAACUGACGCUGCAAGUAAUUCCUUUGCACUUGUGGGGGCUAUUCACAAUUUGGAAGAUUUCAUAGGAAUUUUAACCGAUUCAGCUGAUGAGAAUAAACUAUCCAUCACACCAACUCCCGUAACGCCGACUGAAUUGACAAAUCCUUCAGAAGAGAAAAUAUCUCUCUCCUCCUCAAAUCAGCUCGAGGCUUCGGACAUUUUGACGACAACAGACGCCGAUUCAGAAACGACGUCUGAGCCGGACAUGAAUAAAAGUGUCGGUGACUCAGAAGAUUUGUUGUACCUGAAUAUCGUCGGGAGAAUGGCCGGCGUGGACGAUUCAGUCAAUGCUUCUGCUGCAAACACGCGAUCCACCAGUGAAACUAAUUCGGUGAGUUCGACGGAAAAAGCAGUCACUGAAUUUGGCAUCAAGGAGGAGAUGGAAUCUUCAUCACCGACAGAAAAGGAAGACGUACCAUCAAUUCAUGCAUCACCAGUCUUAAGUAUUUCUCCGAUGUUCGAUGAGCCAAAUCAAGAUAGUCCUGUUUUUAUUAAUGAAGGAAGUAUUUCUUCAGAUGGUGAAAAAGAAUUAGUAAAGAUAGAAACUAGCUUGAAAAUUCCUGAAUUAACUGAUUUAUUGCCCCAUUUCACAUCACUGUCGGAUACAAGUUCUGUUAUAACCGCAAAUGCUGAAAUGAGCACUUCCAUUAUGAUCACAAUCAAUCAACCUGAAAUCCAAACUUCUAACGUUGAAUCUGUAAACUCAAAGAGUAGCAUACUUACUGGAACAAUAGAUGAAAUUGUUAGUUCUUCAAUUUCUUUGCUAUCUGACACUGAAAUUUCCACUGAAGAACUUCCAUCGAAUAUUGACAAUGGAAUUACUUUGAUAUCUGAACAUCUUUCUAGCCCCACAAUUAAAAUAAGUACGGAAAAUUUGAAAAAACAGCUUUCCGAAGAUAUUUAUUCAAUUACGACAGAGACAGGUAUUCAUUCUUUGAAUAUAUUAGGCAGUACUUCGAUAAAACCGGAUAAUAUUGAAAACUUGCAUGUGCUUGAUACAGAGACAGAUGUUACUAAAGAAGAGGAUUCAGAAAGUAUAGAUGUAUCUCCUGAAAUUUCUAGUCAAGUUAUGGUAUUCUUUGGAAUAGCAAGUACUUUGCCUCAAUACCCAUCUAAGGAUGAAGUAGUAUCAUCCGUUGUUCUGUAUAAUGAUGGAGCAUCUCCAAGGAAAAGUGACAUUCUUUCAAGCACAUUUAUAACUUCAUCCUUUCCUGACCUACCUAAUUCAAAUAUACCUUCAGUAUUAAAUAUCGAAGAAUCAAAAUCUUAUUCAGAUAAAAUGGAUAUCGAUAAAUUUACUUCAAUCCCAUCGAUGGAGAAUCUCCCUGAUAUGACAGUAUUAUUACUCCCCAGUUUAAAUUUGGAUGAGCUUAAGACAUUCGUAGGAUCUGCUAAAGCAACUUCUUUUACACCAUCGCCAAAACUAGACCCAUCAAAAGUUGAAGGAAAUGUUUCUUCGCAUUCUUCUGAGAAUAAAGUUGAAACCAUUCAAAGGAAAAAACGACAGCUUGAAGAUUCAAUUACUGUAUUAAGGGAUGGUCGAAUCAUUUCCACUGAUGCGCGAGCAUAUUUAACACCAACUACUCACUAUACAACAUAUACUUACUUUACAACAAUUUUACUGCCAGGUGGUGGUACUCGAGUUCAAAGCAGUCUUCAUGUAGAUUCUGUAAUAGUUCAACCAACAGACAGAGCCGUUUAUGGACUAGGAGAAUGUUCUAUUUGUGAUGAAGCUGUACGCCAUACACUGGCUGAUGACUCAUACAGAACCUUGGAGACAGUAAGAAGACCUGUAGAUGAUGCACAUUACCAUAUAGAGACUGUACCGUAUGAUGUUGGAAGAGCAAGUGAGAUAACUCAUAGGACAACAUUUACUUACUACACAACACGUUUUAGACCAGGUACAUCCUUUAUAGAAACUAGAAAAGAAACUAAAACAAACGUCACACCGAUACUUACGGGAAGAUAUUCAAUUCAUGAAAUUGGAACCUAUUAUGAUCCACUUCACACAGAAAUACCCCAUUAUCAUACUGAAGCUCCAUAUAUUAGUGGAUCCAUUCGAACACAAUAUAGACCAGGACAGAUUUAUACUAACACUGUGCGUACUAUACUACCAACUCAUUCACAACGUAUUGAUCCUAAUUUAUAUAGACCAAAUAGUGUAACCCACAGAACUACUUACACUUAUCAUACAACAAGAUUUAGAGAUGGUGUCACGAUAGUAAAUACAAGAGAAGAAACAGAAACCAAUGCCACUCCUAUCCCUACUUACAGUAGACCAAGGCACACAAUUAGACGUACCCAAGAUCGAAUAAUUCCAACAAGAGUUUUGGAGAGGCCAACAGACAGAACCUCUGUGUACGAUCGACAACCACACAGGGGAUCUGAUCCUUACGUUAAGCACAGAACCACUUUUACGUACUACACUACAAGGAUAUUAGGAGGAGAUGUGCAUGUGGACACGAGAUAUGUAACAGAAACAAAUGUAAGCCCGAAUCCUUCGCUUCCUUAUGUCAGAGGUACGGUUCCUGCUCAACCUAAUUAUGACGGUUAUGAAACUGAAUGUCCAGUAUGCAGAGAGGCACAACGAGGAACACCAAUUAGAUAUAUUCCUAAUACGAGAGCCCCACAAAAUGUAGUCAGAGGACGAGCUCCUGAUCAAAGGUCAGAAGGGGUGCAACCGAGUACUGCAACCCAUUAUUCCACAUACACAUAUGCUACUACGACAUUGGCACGAGGUGGAACUCCUGUUGUCAGAACCAGGCAACACACUGUGACUGAAGUCCUUUCGGAUGUUGUGUUACCAACUCUCAGAUUUGGAGAUAGAAUUCGCUCCAAAAGAUCUGCUGCACCUGAAGAAAGUUCUUCUUUAAGCAGCCAAACAAGAGAAAGAAGCUUGUUGAGACAUACUUUCGCUAGAGGAAGCAGUUACGCUGAUGGUAGACAGGGAAGGCGAAUUUCUGAUUACGGUUCAAGUAGACAAAAUAAUGGUGAAGUAUACCAAAGGAACAGAUUAGGCAAUUACAAUUCAAGAACCAAACCAAAAGAGAACAUUCAAACAGCUGGAAAUAGAUAUCCAAAUCAUGAUGCAUAUGCAGAUAGGGAUAUAAAGCCUACCAGCGUAACGUAUUAUUCCACGUACACAUAUUUCACAACCGAAUUAGGCGAUGGAACUCCAGUGAUUAAGACAAGGGAACACACAGUGACUGAAAUUUUAACAGAUGUUAUAGUUCCUACAGUUUCACGUGCUAGGAAACUUAUUCAGAAUACUAAGACAGAAACUUUUCCACCAUUAAAUAGACGAAUAAGAGAAGCCGAAAUUGCUUCCGUAGAAAAAAUCGUAUGGCACAGAAAACUGCUAAGUGUUUCCGAUGCAGAUAGUCAAAAUGGUACAAUUGUUUCCUCACUUUCUACCCUGACACCUCCAUUACCUUUUCUGUUACAGGGAAGAUCAGAUCUUACACCUGAGGGUCUUGAAGAGAAUUAUCAUGCUAACGAAACUAUAUCGCUAAAUGAGACUUCCGAGUCUUUAGUAAAUAAGGUAGGAUCACAAAAAACUAUGCAGCCUGAAAAUGUCAUAGAAAAAACUUUGUCAAGUAAAGUAGAAAACAAAAUACCUCCAUCGUCUACUUCGGAAGUGAACAUUAAUAGUCGCAGUUUAUUAAGUGAGAAUGGCGACAUUUCAUUUGUUCCAAACAAUACUUCGAUUUCACAAAAUAUGGAAAAAUCUUUAUUAAACUACACAAAAUCCUUUCAGGAAGACAAAAAUUAUAAUAAGACAGAAAAUCCUAUAUACUCCAUAACUGAAGACGAUAAAACAAUCCCAAAAAAUAUUGAAACACUUCAUAAAAAGAAUAACAUAACUAUUUUUCCGGAGGAGAAACUUGAUGGAAAAGCUCAUUCCAGGUUUGAAACAAAUGAAAAAACAGUGACUACAGUAGAAGGAGGAAAGAAUUCAUCUGUUAAACUUGAUGAAAAAGGACUUUUAUUGACUUCAAAUAAAGACAGUAAUACAGAGCAAUUAUCAAAUCAAGCAACCUCUGAACAAUUCAGAGCAUCUGUAAAUCCUUCUAAAGUUAUUCUUACUACUUUAUUAACUUCACUUUCUACUUCUGCAAGCGAUUCAAAUGAAAAGGACUCAGUUCUUCUUGAAAGCAGCUUGCCGUAUUAUAAUUCGCAUAAAUUCACACAACCUAGUUUUCUUAUUGCACCGACUGAACAUCAUGCAAUUUUGAGUACUCGACAAACUCCUUCAAUUGAUAAUGCCCUUACCAUUUCGAAAUCAUCUUCAGACUUGAAAUACACUGUGAGUGCAUCCGAUGUGCUAGAUUUGUUUGAAAGUGUUGAUUUAAUUGCCGAAGGUGCAGAACAUAGACAUGCAGUGGCAGCAACUCCCGUGACACACUUCACAACUUACACUUAUUUUACUACAGUUCUGAAACCAGGCGGAAAAAGAAUUGUUGAAACAAGUACCAAAGUUCUUGCUGCAACCUACAAUCCAUAUUCACCAUCCACUGAAGCCUAUUAUCCCAGGGGUGAGAGAUAUACAGACAGAAGAAAUGUUUUUCAAGAUAAUCCUUACGAUCCCAGAGGGCCAAAGAAAUGCUGCGACAAUUCAAGAUCAUACAUCAGAACAACUAGAAGAUAUGAGCUAGUACCAGAGAGAGCCGCACCUCAUACCUAUUCAGUCUAUCCUCAUGCACAUAACCAUCCUUAUAGGCCAUCAUUCGCUACCAAAGUUCGUGGUCCAUUUUACCAAACUGAGGCUAGUCCUAAGAAUGUAUGCCCUACUUGCUUGAGGGAUUCAGGUAGGCACAAUUAUCAAGAUGUAAGAGACUACAAAGAUAAUAGUUACAAAAAAGCAGUAGGGAGGAACUCUUAUCUCACAAGUAUCCCUGUUAUUAGAUCGUCUACUUAUAGAAGAAAAUUAUCAGAAAGAGUUUACAAUACGAUUUAUGAGCGUGAUCCAGAAAUAAAACCAACUCGCGUGACUUAUUAUUCUACUUACACUUACUUCACAACAGAAUUAUUGGAUGGCUCACCUACUGUGAGAAGUAGAGAGCAUACAGUAACUGAGAUUUUAACCGAUGUGAUCUUGCCAACAGUCACUUCUUUGCAUAGUCAAGGUUCAACUCGAGCACCAUCUUAUCAAAGAGGUAAAAGGCAAGCGGGUUUUGAACCCGAUUCCAAUUACUCGAAUAAGUUUCAGCCCUAUUUUAAGAGAGGAUUGUUAAGUAGCGAUAACCUUGACGAUCAUUUUUUAGUGAAUAAUGACUGGGAUGCAAAAGUGCAUUCCAGUCGAAUGCCAACGAAAUCUUUUUCCUCCUCUCACCCUGGCAAAAGGAAUCUCAGAGAAGAUGCAGAAAAAGGAAACCAUGAAAUACUAUCGUCAUUUAAUGCGUACAGAAGUGAUUACACAAAUAUCAACGAUGAUUUAUCCUUGGAGGCUGCGGAGCAUUUGAUGCACAUAAAUCAUAAGACCAUUGAAGCGGCACCAGUGACUCAUUAUACUACGAACACUUACUACUCGACAGUUUUAAAGCCUGGAAAUAGAAGAGAAGUUCAAACAAGCACGAAAAUAUUAUCAUCAAUUUACUAUCCACAUACAAAAGCGUAUGUUCGUGACGCAGAUCAAUUUGCUUCUUCGUCAAAUAAUUAUAAACAACCGAAGGACCAAGAGACAUGCCAUUCAUGCGGGCAGCAAGUCUCAAGAUAUCAAAAACCUUAUUAUCUUCCAUCAAAUAUAGAUGAAAGAAAGAAAGCAAGUGGAAACGCUAGGUAUGGACAUGUGAAACCAAAUAUUCAUCAAAAUGCCGUUAAACACUUGCCGUCAGUGCAACCAUCACGCGUCACAUUUUAUUCAACUUACACAUAUUUCACAACAGAGUUCGGAGGUGCAACACCUAUAAUAAAAAGCCGGAAACAUACAGUAACCGAAAUUCUAAGCGAUGUGAUUGUCCCGACAGUACUAAAAUCAAGAUCCCGGAGAACGGUGAUUUCAAUCACACCCACCUUAAUGACAGAUGCCAAUUUUGUCACGAAUUUGCCCCAAUUCAGUUUUAGAAAACUCUUGGCAGUCGAUGAUCUAGCCGAAGCUGUUAUUUUCUCAAGUCGUACUGAUUCUGAAAGUAAAAAUGUGAAGCGGGAGAUUGAUAAUGUCCAAAAAUUUGUUGGUCGAAACAAGAAUGAAAAAUCUCAUGAUACAGAUGUAUUAGCCAGUUCUUCCACUAUGAAUGAUAUUUCCGUUCCGGUUGAUUUUAUGAAUAUAACUUAUACAAAUGAGGAGACAGGAGAUGCUUUUUUAAGUGAUUCUCAAUUUAGCAAGGCUUACGCUGCAUAUCUAGAUUUUUUAAAGUCUGCUGAUCCACGUUUGCCAGCCUCAGAAGUUCAAGUAUUUCCCUAUAAUAAAAGUUUUACCAGUGAAACAGAAAUAUUUAAUGUGAAAACUCCACAACCAUCAAAAUAUGUAAUUCCAAAAGUAACCGCAACUGUUAGCAUACCUGUGUCAAAAUCAGAGACAAAGAAUAUGAUAUCUGUUAUAACUUCGAAUUCUACGAGAAAUGGUCGCAUGACAAAAUUCACUACAACGAUUUAUGGAACUUACAUAAAUGGUGUUUACGCUCAGAGAGCCGAAUCCCAGUCUGAAAUUAUUCCUCUAACAGAGACUAACAUGGCUAUGGUAGCAACUCCUCUUUUAUUCAGUCCGUCUCGUUUGCCCGGCUUGGUUCGAAGCAUCGUGUCCCGCAAAAUUCGAGGUCCUGUUGCAGUGCACCUUACCACGGAAAUUCAUGGGAUGUACGUUGGGGGUGCAUAUGCGCAAACUGCAAGAGUUUUUACCAGUUCACAGCCUUUGUCAUCUACAAGAGAAUCUUUUCGCCACAGAAUAGCUUCUCAAACUACAGUCCCCGCUACUCUUACGGGAAGUAGAAAAACUGGACUUCUUUCUUCAAGAGUACUGAGAAGUAAAGUUCAGGGUUCUACAACAUUACUAUUUGUUUCAGAAAUUUAUGGAACCCAUAUAGGUGGUGCAUAUGCUCAUUUAGGAACAUAUACUACAAGAACCAUAAUUAAAACUACCGGCACUACAGAACUUCCAGAGAUAACUUCAAUUGGGCCAGUUGAACCUUUGCAGCUUUUAUCAACCAUUUAUAUGCAAGAUUUAAAAAUAGGCCUGGUGACAGCAUCAGUAAGUGAUAAAACGGUUGAUUAUUCUACUAUUCGUUAUUACUAUGAAGUUUAUGGCACAUAUUUGGAUGGAACGUAUGCUCACGUUCCAAGUAUAUCAACAGAAACAAUUCUUCCCACAACUACUUUAUUAUCCUUAUCAAUGAUAGAUAUAGAAACUAAAUAUUCUUCCAACACAGAUUCUAUUUCAACUUUAAGCCCUAUUUUGUCUUAUGAAUCCUCAGUUAUUCAUUUGGAAAGUAAAAAAGUUGGCCUCAUUGAAGCAUCAACAAGGGAGCAUGUAGAAAAUGGUACAACUACGAGACAUAUCUUUGAAGUACAUGGAACUUACCUUGAUGGAAUGUAUGCUCAUGUUCCAAGUGUUACUAUCAAAACAAUUGAGCCUUCCAAUACCUAUAAGCCUUUAGAACAUUUUACUGAAGAACUUAUAACGUCUUCCUACCUAGAUGAACUUAAAAUGAUAGAUUUUACAGAUUUAGAAAAUGAAGCCCCUGAACCUGAAUUUGAAAUUCUAACCAUAUUCUCGAAGGCUACUAACACUGAUUCUUCUACUGAUGGAUGGUCGGAUGCUAAAACGAUAACUGUUGGAGAUACAAAGGACUUGUAUGAAAUUACUGUUGACAGUAAGUCAGAUAAAAAUGUUAAAGUGAGUCUAGAAAGUUUAGUUUCAGAUGCGCUGAAAAUUUCUAUUGGUGAGAUAGUGGAAGAAGAUUUUACAACAAAUUCUGCAAACCAACAAUCGACAUUCGCCCCUAUUUUGUUACCUGAAGCAUUGAGGACAUCCUUUACACACGGUGCAAGAAAGUUUAGAAUAAAAAGAAAUGAACCGAUCCAAAUAUACCUUAGAAGUUCGUUUACAGACAGCACAAAUAAUCUACAGAAAACGAAAGAACUUUCACUAGUGGCAAAUACUACGCCAUUACCACCAUCAGCACUGGAAGAACUUUCUCUGGAUGCAAUAACAAGUGCGAAAACAUGGAAAAAAUCGAUAACAAAGAAAAGUGACCAAGAAAGCAGUAAUUCCUUUUCCAAAAGCAAUUUAAGAGCUUUGAAGCGUGCUUCAAAAUAUAAUUUAAAUCAAAAGACUAGCAUCCUAUUGAAAAGAUCCAAGAGGGCAACAGCUCCCAGGACCACAUAUGGCAACAAGAGAUUCAGUGGACCCACCAAUAGCGCAAGGAAGUUUGGUUCUUCUCCAUCAUCGAAGAUUCGUGAUGGGACAUCUUCGAAUAGAGGUUUUAGAUCUUAUAGUAGUAAUAGACAAAUUUCAGUUCAAUCUUCUAAACCAUAUUCUGCUUACAAUACUCAGCCAAAGAGCGUUCCUAAUUUCCUUUCCAGGAAUCAAAGACCAAAAUUAGGUCUGACGAUAAGCACACAUUCUACAGCUGCUAGUGUCAGACCUACUUCAUUGAGCAAACACAACAUUUUACCAAGUAGAGCUAGAAAGUUUGGAAGGAAAGAAGACGAAUCUAAACCUGAAGAAGAAUUUGAAGCUAGUGAAGCAAUAGUUGAAUCGGUUACUGAACAAACCUUUGUGUCAUCAACAACGCCAGCAUCACGCUUAAGGCGUCCAGCUAAAUUACUUAAAUUGAAUUCGCGUUCGACACCUUCAAGAUUUAUAGCCACAAAAUCUUCACUUCAGCCUCUGAAAACGUCAUCUAUUGGCUCAAUUAGAAGAUCGAGACCUACUCUUAAAAGUUCAAGUUUGAGAAAUAAACAGAAAAAUACUCGCAGAGAACGCACAGAGAAUGUUGAAGCAACAUUGACAGAGCAGACAGAGUCUAGUUCGACAAAAAGGCGUUUUACUUUGACAACCACGUUUUCUUUAAGUAUAAAACCAACGGCGAGCUUGAUGGAUGAUACAGAAAAUUCAAACAAUCUCCAAGAAGAUACUGUUAGGUCUAAAAGAAAGAACAAAAGCAGAAACCCUAGUUCACGAAAUCGCCAAGGAAAUUCUUAUCAACCAGUGUUUGACAACGAUGAUAAUGAAUUAAUUGUAGAUAAGCCUAAAGCAUUGCCACUUCCCGUUUUUGGUCGAAGCAGAGGUACAAAAAGACCACCCAAAUUCGAUCCAAGAACAAUACGAUCCAGUAGUACAACUCCAAUAACCUAUUUAACAGGCGAAACAACUGUGUUGGCUGAUGAUAAGGAUACUGAAGAAAUGAACAGUGAUUUAACUGGGCCAAUUACAAUUACCGAUAUUUUCACAACAACCAAAACAUUGCCUGUACAUUUAGGUUUACGUACAUCAUUUGCUACCAUUACAACAACCGCUUAUUCAACAAGCACCGUCCAGAGAGAAGAUUUAACGACUAUUACAUUGGGGGGCCUCACAAAAACUUUAGUUUCUGCAAUUACUGGUUUACCAGACGCAGAUUCACCUCCUGAUAAACAGUUUACUGUAGUUACAGAAGUUCUUUUGGCUAGUACGGAAAUUGAAACUUCAUCUUUAGUAGCAAUCAAAGUAGGGUAUGGAACAAGAACAGAUACUGUUAUAAAAAAGCAAAUCAUGACAACUUUAAAAACUGAAACAAAUACCAUUUUCGAGCAAAACUCUGCAGCAGCCCAGAUUCCUCAACAAUAUCCAUAUUAUCCUAAUCCGUUUAUUCCACCUAUGCCUUUGCAGAAUACAGAAUUUUCUCUCUCUGUUUCAGAAAAUUCCUUUGUUUCCACUCAAACACUCACAUCAACAAAAGUUUUACCAAUAUUUUUGAAUGGUAAAACCAUUUUUACAACUCUAACGAGUACGACAUUGAAUGAGGAAACAGUAGUAAAGACCACCACCGUAAAAGUUCCUGUAGCUCCCACGGCUCAUCCAUUUAUUUUCCCACAACCUGUUUUUAUAAUGCCUUCUGUAACGACAGAAGUGACUAUUCAAUUCACUGCUCACAACGGUGAGGUAUUUAAAGUCGUAACCAUGAUCACAGUUCCUCUAGCUUUGAAUGCCCAUACAAGAUUUCGUCGUGAUAUAACAGAAAUUGUGCCAAGUUCAACUUAUGCUUCCAAUCAAAUGGGUCCUACUCAAAAUAUACAGACACUUCCAUUCUUAAAUUAUCACAUAAAAGACAAAAAUCUUAAUGAUGUUUCUGAUGGCAAUUUACCUACCAAUCUGAAUUUACAGAGUAGCUUUUCAAGUCAUUCCGAUUGCGUUUAUAAUUCAAACACACAAAUAUCUACAGAAAACAUAAAUGAUUCUCUUAAUAUUGUUGAUGAAAGUGAUACAAUUUCAUUUGAUUCGAAAAACAUAAAACAACAUAACACUAAAAAACAACCAUUAGUAUUAAAUGCCAUCACAAAACAUCUUCAAAAUAAAAAUAAUGACGAAACAAACAUUUUUAAGUCUAGAAAGUUAUUGCAAAUCGAAAAUAAUGAUGACGACAGUUUUAUUGGUCUAAGAACUCAACUUAUACCAGGUGGAAUAUUAGGCGAUGAUGUGCGCACACAGAAUGAAAAUCAACAUGGAACUUUUAAUAAUAUUCAUAACAUUGAUGCAAUUCAUUUAUUAGGUGGAGGAAUAAACGACGAUUCGUCAGAAAGGCCUAUACCCUCAAUACGAGUGAUUCCUACCCGAAGGGCCUAUAUUCGGCGAAUCAGACCUGAGGGACCACAGAAAUUUACAUCUGAAGAUAUAGGAGAUGAAUACAGUUUUAGAACUAAUCCUCAAAGUUUCCCAUCAAAUAACCCGAACCCAAAUUUCUUCCAAAUGGGACCAGGAAGAAUUAGAAAUGAAAAUUUUGGAAUCACUAGAAAUGCCCAAAACUUCGGCACCAUACCUCUUAUUCCACAGGAAUUUCCUGGUGAUAAUUUUGGACCCGUAAGAGGAGUUCAGUAUUUUUCACCUAAUAGACCAGGCUUUGCUUCUGAAUCUCCUAUUAGUGAUAUUGGAAGAAUUCGCGGCCCUCAAAGUUUUGGCAUAACUAGAAUAAAUCGUCCACCUGAAAGGUUCGAACCUGCAAGAAAUAUGCUAAACAGCUUUCCUGAAAGAGGAAUCCCUACCAGUGAAAACGAAGGUUACGAUGCUAUUCGAAAUUUACCACUCUAUUCUCCAACUCGUCAUAACAUUUCUCCUCCUUUAUCUAACAAUGACAAAGGAGUUAUAACUAAUCAACCAGAAGAAGAGUCUCGACGUACACAUGCAAGACAAAAGCCAACUUCAACUACGGCUGCACCUCGUCGAGUUAUUAGACUGAGACGACCUGUAUCACCACAAGUUGGAUCUGAAGUAACGGGACAAUUAUUUGAUAGAAAGCCAAUUAUCAAUGCUUUACCAGACGUGGAUGAUUACAGAGAAGAAGACAUUCAACCUGUUAGAGCUAGAGGUCCCGCCAUUGUGUCCAAUACAGCUGCUGCUCAAGAAUUCAGAAGACCCAAUAAAAUAAGAGGGAAUAAUGAUAAUAACGUGAAUAAUGACGUAGAGAAAGUGACUCAACCGAAUGCCGCAGUUAUUCCAUUGACCUAUUACACCACUUUUACUUACAUGACAACUUUCUUGAAUGGUCCCUCAACAGCCUAUUCCACCCGAGAAGCAAUAGUAUCAAAUAUUGCAACAGAGACCCUCAAUCCCAGAAUAAUGGAUCUUAUAAAAUCAAGAGGCGGAUUCACAACACAGAACGGUGUCCAGACGGCUGUACCGCUUGGCUCUCGUGCUCAAGGAGCGACAACCACCAUCGUAAAUCUGGCCUCUCGCGUUCAGUUAUAUAAUAGCGAUGUUUAUUAUGGCCGUUCCAACACAGAUAUAUUACCUGCUAUGAAAGUCGAUGAUAUUACCCCUACGAAGUCAACUUUGUCUACUGUUCACAUAACUGAUAUUGCUAAAUUACCCAAAACUUAUUACACUUUGUUCACUUAUUACUAUACACUAAGAGACGGCGAUAAGAGCACACAUUCCCAAAGAUCUGAAACUAUAACCAACGUGAAUACUGAAACAGAACCUUUUCUUAAGCAAGAUUUUGCAAGCACCGUAGACAGCAACGGCCUCCUCACCAUCAAACCCAACGAACAGUUAAUAAAUGUGGGUCUGAGGACAGCUUCUGGUACGACCACGGAAGUAAAUCUUCAAUUAAAGACGCUGGUCCAUUUUGACGGCAUCAAAAAUGCUGUAAUAGAUAGAAAUGGCAUAACCCCCACGUUGAUUGAGGUAGUGCCAUCUGAGACAGAUAGCAUCUAUAAUAACUACCUUGAACCUGAUGAUGCAGAGGUACAAGACCAGCAAACCUAUCCCCAAACAGUCCCGAUAGAGCCAUCUUUUGCUUCAGAAACAGGAUCUAAUUUCAAUCGAGCAUCUUCUGCCAACAGAGAAGCAACACCAGAAAUACCUGAUAACAACCGCAUCGUCAGAACACAAGCCCAGCGAGGAACCUUGAGAAUAACUACUACUAUUGUUCAACGUCCAGGUGGCAUAAGAAGUGGGGUUUUUGCACCAAGGCCAGGAGUCCGUGUGAGAGUGCGCCCAAUUUCAACAAGAACAGUAUCAAUUGAGACAAAGACAGAAUUUGAAGAGAUGCAGCCAGUUUCUAGUUCUUUGUUGGCAAGCUUUGAAUCAUCUCGGAACAACAACGAAGAGCCACCAGUUGCGGAGUCUUCAGAAGAGGUGGAAAAUGAGUUCCCUGAAAACAACGAAGAUGAUAAUGAGACUCCUGAAGACGAUGAAACAACAGAGCCAACAAAUCAAGAUGGUCCACCUGGUCGAAAACGACUGAAAGUAACAAUUCGUCGAUCUCCCGGAGUUUCGGCAUCUAGAUCCAUUUCUAGAGUAAUUCGACCUUCCAGAACUCGCCCACGAUUCUACGUGGUGACCAGAACAGCAUCACCAGACGGUGUAUCACCCCGAGCUCCAAAACGACCUGUAUCUGUAAAAGUCAGCCGCCGACCGAAACCGUCCGUGGAACCUGAAUAUGAGACAUACACGAAAAUGACAUCUGUGCCCGUAGUGUUUGGCCUCAGCACAACCUAUAGGAAUGCUUUGGUCACAUCAUCCUCAUUGGUCACAAGGAAUGAUGUUGAACCCAGCAAGACCAUCGUUCUAACUUAUUUCACAACGACGACAUACACUGUUCCUUACACUGUAGAUGGCACAGCAACGUUUACUACAAUUGAAGAAACAAAUUCAAGGGUGGCCACUGAAACACUCGAUCCUGAGGCAGAUUUGUCAUUUGUUUCUACCACAACUGUUGAUUAUUCUGACAUGAUUUCUCCUUCUUAUAGUCCAGUUUCCCCUGUGGCUGAUACACGACAAACUGCACAAACGCUUAGACCUCAAGUAAUUAAUAAUCAACUUAGUGUAGGACCAAGGGUAAAUCUUAUCACUAAAGUUUCAAAAGGAGUUUCCUUAAUUAUGGCCUCAGAUGGAGAUUCAGAUUCACUGCUUCAGUUAUCACAACCAACACUCACUUUGCGUCCAACCAUGGUUACAGACGCUUUGUUAAUGAUGAACAAAGAUGUUACCACCUUCUAUGAGCCAAGAACUUUCUUCACAACAUUCACAUUUUUUACUACUUUCUUUUCUGAAGGUACACCAUCAAUUUCUACUUCAGAACAGGUUGUCACAAACGUAUAUUCCGUACCAGUAACGCAAACAUUAGCUACAAACGUACCAAUUACUGUUACAGAAACAAGCGAAAAUUUGGUCAGCACAACGCUUUACACUACUCAUACAUUCUUUGCAACUCUUUUCAACGGAUCUGAAAGCAUUGUGACGCCUCUAGAAGAACUGCAUUCGUCAGUUAUUACUUCUACAGAAACUUACACUAUAACAAAGACUAUCACGCCAACACCGGCAGCAACUUUAACAUCUGAAGUGAAGACAACAGAAAUACCAUUGCCAGAAGUCCCAGCUAUCCAAGUAUCAGCUCCACAAGUCCCAGAGCCGUCGUCAACGACUUCUGUCACAUCCGUAUACAGAACAAUCACGAAUCAGAUUACUCUUUUCAGAGGAACUGAAUCAAUAGUCUCACCCUUGGAAGAAGUUGUCACCGACAUUAUAACCAUGACUAUCGGCAAUAAUCAAGAUUCGCCUCAAGACACUUAUACCACCAGAACCAUUCAAGCGACGAAUACACAUUAUGUUACUUUAUUCAGUAAUGACAUAUCUGUACUAUCAUUAAUUACGGAAGUCGCUCCAAGUGUCGUAACAGAAUUAGUUAAACAGCCACAAGAUCCGACUACAGCAACGUUCAUCUCUCCAAGUAGAACAACUUUUACAGAAACUUUAACAAGUUCAUCUGCCAGUGUUGAGCCUACUUUCCAAGAUCUGGUGCCCUCUAUUCGAACACAAUAUACUACUUUGACGUAUUUUACAACUCUGUUUACUGACUCCAGCACAAUACUGUCAAGCAGAGAAGAAAUUGCAACUUCAUAUAUCACUCUGUUUGUUCCUGCUCCUGUGCCAGGUGCAACAACGUCCCAUCCAAGUGAUCUGUUUACUCAACAAGGUACAUCUCAAACUCAGAUUAUUGAUACAAAAUCAGUUGAGGAACCAAGACCUACACCUAAACCAGGCAGUGAAAUUCUGACAUUCUACACGACGUACACUUAUUAUACUACCCUUUUCAGAGGAACAGAAACAAUCAUUAGUGAUAGCGAGACCGUUGUUACACAGUAUGUAACAAUUGAAUCUACGCCAACAGAUAGUGUGUCUCGACAAACUACGUCUUCGCCACCCACAUUCCCUAGGUCUACAUCUUCAGAUUCCUUUGAAAUUAGAAUAGAACCUACAUCAACCAUUAGCUCAACCUUCAGUGCCACAGAGACACCAGAAUUAAAUACAAAUGAUAGUGAUAAAUCUGAAACUGAAACUAAUUCUGAUGAAGAUGUAAAGAUAAUUGGAGUGAGUACUAAGGUAGAGAGUUCAGAAGACAAACCAUCUGUUCUUACUGGAACGCCAACGAUUGACUCAAAUGGAGCGACUCAUAUUCUUUUCACUGAUUUUAUUGUUCCAACAACUAGCGAACCUGUUUCUCCAUCUUCAGAUCUGAAUUCAGAAUUGGCGACACCAUCUUUACCAAGCACUGUGUCUUCCAGAAGGUUUAGACCUUAUUCUCCUUCUUCUCGCUCCUCAAUUUCAACAAGUGUUUCUCGGAUAACUUUAUUCCCACGUGAAACAUCAACACCGUCAUCUGCAAGAGAUUCAGCUUCUGAUUUAGCUACAACUAGAUUAACUGAUGCUAAUGUAGCAACACAUCAUCUGGCUCUUCGUCCAACAACGACGUACCAGUCAGGAUCUUCUCAGACUCUUGGAAUAAAACCAGGUGCUGUCAUUGACCUUUCAGAUGUUUUGACAAAUACAAACUUGGUCGGUAAUCUGGGAGAAACCAUUAAAGACAUUGUUAACCUAUUCGCUGCCAAUGGUAACCGUGCAAAAAAUAGUUCAUCCAAUCCCGUGGAUGCAACAAAUGAACCUCCUCCCAAGCCACCAAGUGGAGGGAUCACAGUCAGUAAUUCUGAAGAACCGGUGUAUAUACCUAUUGGUGCAAUUGGUCGCACUACUAAAUCUUCGGUCGCCCCAUCUAAUAUCAGACCAGGAGGAAUUUUACAACCUAGCACAAUUCUUACUGGAUUUAUACCAAUGUACAAGGAAGAAGAAAAAGGCAAGUAUUCAGAGGAAAGCAGUAAGGGUGAUACAACUUCUGAUAAAGAUAAUAUUUCUGAUACUACACUCACGAGUGUUGUAUUUGGUUCUAAUACAAUAUUCAUUCAACCUAGUGGCACCGAAAAUGGAGCACCACCUACAAUUCAUAUUUCGGAAAAUGAUGGUAGGUUCCAUAGUUCUUUCGAUGAGCCACCAUUACAAGGGAGUGUAUCAAAUCAGGAAAACAAUCAAAAUCAACAAGCUACACCAGGCAUUACUCUUACUGAAAGUACAUCUUUGAUUACUGGCUUAGAAACUAUCUUUUUCGGAUUUCCUGAUGCUCGUCAACCUCCUCCACUUACAACGAAACAUAUUCAAGGAUCAAUCAGUACUUCAUCGAUUGUUGGAAUAGAAACAAUAUUUUUCGAUUCUCCGGAAGACUUCUUUACACCUGGCACAAAUCAAAUAAAUAUUUCUGGAGCUACAACAAUUUUUGGAACAUUCCCAGCAACAUCUAAAUCAAGUACCACCAAUACCCCUUUCACAUCUUCUACAAGCAGCUCUUCAGGAGAAACUACCAUAUUCUUCCCAGCUCCAGGAGAAAAUAACAGCCAACCUUCAAGCCCUGGUACACGAUAUGUCACAAGUGUGGAAAGUGUCACAUUGACAUUGACCUUAACAACAAGUAGCGUAUAUCAAACAGAAGGUGCCCCUGUCACAGUGACAUCAGUCCUGACAACUACCAUUCCACCGAGGACAUUCGUUUCAACAAUUAUUGGAUCAAGAACUAUCUUGGGAACGCAACCGGAACCCACGGAAGCGGUGCAAGUGAUUCCGUCUCUGCAACCAUCGGAAUCGACUACUACGGUGACAACAACGACACUAAUCUUCAACUCUAUAGCAACAACAGUGGUUAGGACAUUGGUAAUUCCAACUAAUGCUCUUCAGCCUACGAGAGUUUCGACGACCUCUGCGACUGAAGAUCCAAAACUCGGAUUAGGAGGAAUUGUUGCACCUCCUAGUCAGAAACCCAAGACCACUACAACAAGGAAACCUAUACAGCUUUUCAAAUCCGGUAAUAGACCAACCGAAGCUACCACUCCCAAACCAGUUCGAACUGGACCACCAUUAAAAUUGUUCCCAACUAAACCUCCAACAACAACCCCUAAACCAACACCUCCUCGACCAUCAUCUACAAAGAAGACAUUCAGGAAACCGGGCAAAACGCUGGUUCCGAUUACAGAUGGAUGCCCAAGAGAAUGUAAUUUGAAGAACAAAGAGGUUUGCAAACAGAAUCCAGACAGAUCAUGGUCUUGUCAAUGCAGACCCGGAUUCUUUAAGACCGAGGGAUCUGAAGAAUGCAGAGAUGUGAAGUCUUAUGUUGUCGUGGUGCGUGUUUUGAAGAUGGGUGGAAACGAUAUUAUUUACCAACCGGAACUCAGUAACUAUCUGUCUGAUGAGUAUAAAAAUUUAACAACAACUGCAAGAAAAGCUGUGGACGAUGCUUAUAAGACAUCCAGCGUCGGUGAUGAUUACGUGAGCACCAAUGUCAUCGGUGUGCACGAAGGUCGUGGAUUCGGACGAGAGGGUGUUCUGGUGAAUCUCACAGUUCAGCUUCGCGGAGAAAAGGCUGCCAAUGAAGAAUUCUUGAAAGAGGAACUCGCCCAAUCUCUGGAGGCAGCAGCAUCGGAGCUGGAUUUUGCAAAUACGACGCUGGUUAGCCCGAUCAUACAGAGAGUAGAGGAUGUUCAAGAUUUCGAUGAAUGCUUUGAUGACACUUUCAACGAUUGCUCCCGAAGUGCUCUUUGCAUAAAUCUGCCUGGAUCUUACACGUGCGAAUGCAAAGAUGGAUAUCAAGAUCUCGAACCACUUCUGCCUGGAAGAAUUUGUUCAGGCGAAGUCAAAGAUUGUGAUUAUUGCAAUAAUCGUGGCGUUUGUAUAAUGACUGAAGAUGAUAACAAAUUCUGCAGGUGUUACAGAAUGUAUCUCGGAAAACAAUGUGAAAUAAAUGGUUUGGUACUGGCCAUCGCUCUUCCCAUUGCCCUAGCUCUACUGAUUUUGACCAUGUUCUGUCUGCUGUGCGGGUGUCGCAAAUUAAGACAAAAGCGGGCCCAGAAACCGAAGCCCAACAACGUGUUCAAGGGCAUGGUGCCCCCUAUGGCUGGGACACUGGACAGAAAAGCCAUGAUAAUGGAUUCAAGCAGUGAGAGCAGUGGGGAGCACAGACCACCCGCGCACGCGUACGACGGCUUCGGGGACGAUCAUGCCAAUUCAACGAUGAAACGAAGCCGCCGUAACGACAGCAUUGAUGAUCACAUUUCAGCUGACUUCCAAGUGCCGACGGUGCUCAUACCCAGGGCAAAGCACAGUCAUCCAAAUAAGAUGAUAUUCGACUGCAGUAGAGAAGGUGGAAGAGAAGUGUGUUCCACAUUCUCUACCCUUCCAGGAAGAAGAAUGAGUACUCAGUCAUUGAUUUGCGAAGCUUCCUCUUUGUAUCCCAGUGUGCCUAGACGCCAAGGCAGCCUCUGUCAUUUGGAUCAGAUGCCUUACGACACCUGCACCACUCAGUUGGCUGAAUUGAGAGACGCACGAUUGCCACCGCCAGCUAGGAGUACAGGAACUGGUCGCAACCGUCGUCUGUCUGCAGCCAGCAGUCAGGGUUCCAGAGCAGCUCAUGCUGGCAGCGGACACGAAUAUUUGAGUGAGAGAGCCAGUCGAUGCCACAGUGCUUUGGACCGAUUUAGCUUGGAGCCGGAGUUGUGGAUGUCAACGAAUAGAAGUAGUGCUGCACACAGUACACUGCUGAACGAAGUCAGCAUGGCACCUUCGUCUACCAUAGCGAGACACGGAAUUUGGUCUGAAACUGGACGAUCUUGCGAUGAAACGACAAUUCGUGCUUCCUUGCGCAACUAUCCAGUAUCCUCUGAUUAUCUCAUUCCUGGAUCAAGACAGGCUUCGACUCGAAGACUCACCAGUGAUUCCCAAUCAAUAGCCGAAGCGGAAGACUUGAUGAGCAUGAGCUUCAGCGAGACCUUGCUUCACAAUACUUCUUUUAGGAGCUACGAAAAACUCGCCUCUCGAAAGGAAAAAAAGCGUCGAGCGCAGAGAGGAUACCAUUGCUAUGACAACCCAUCUAGUCUUGAUGAUGAGUGCAAUGAAAGAUGAUUGGAACUGAUGAGAAACUCAAAACUGGAAGAAGUGUGCCAAUGGAGCUCUGAGUGGUUGCUGAUGCUUUUCUUACGCUUGAAUGGUUGUUUGCUUCGAAGCAGAGAAGGUUUCAAUAAUAUAUUAUAUCGUCAACGAAUUAACAAACUAUUUUUGGCAAUGUGUUGAAAAUGUUGCGUGCUAAGAAAUGAUUAUCUAUUGCUAAGCAAAAAUGACAGUUACGGUUUCAGGACACUUCUCAAGGCAAAAAUUGAAUUAGUGGAUGGCUUUAACAAUUAGGUAGUAUAACAUAGAUGUCUGAUCUGCUGAUUAUUCAAACUGGAAUCGACCUUGCAACGAAUAUCUUUAUAGGUUCACAAAAAAUUUAAGCGACUAAACAAUUCAAAUUUUUAUAUUCAUUUUAAAAUAAUUUCUUGCUAUUUUUAUGCCAAAUGAGUGAUAAUUAGAUUCUAUAUAUAUAUAUAUAUAUAUAUAUAUAUAUAUUUGUGUGUGUGUGUGUUUUCGAUGAAAAAUGUUUUUAGAAACAAUUUGCUUGUUUGUUUAGAAAUUUUUUUUGGAACUUUUCGUUAGUUUCAUUUUAAGUGAAUAGAAACUAUUUCUAUACGUGAAUUUCAUUAUUUAAUUCACUUUUAUUGUUUCAAU